GUUCACGAAACUGGUCUAUAAAUAGUUCUCGCAUACUACAUGCAAAGUAAGACGUGUAGCACAACACGAAAGGGUAUCUCAAUCGUCGAGUUAGUCUGAGGCAGACAUGAAGUCUCUACUCGCCCUUUCUAUCGUUUUCUCUCUUCUGCUGUUCUCCUGCUCGGGUUAUGCAAGAAAGGGCCCAGCAGCAGCAGAGUACUGGAAGAUGGUGAUGAAGGACGAUCCCAUGCCACAGGCAAUCUCCAGUCUCAUCGUUCAAGCUCGAGAAGAGCCCUCCACUUCGAUGGAUGAAGAACUCAGGUCGACAUUUGUGAGGGACUUCGAUGUCAGGCCCAAUGUUAUCAUAUACCAGGGACGCGGGAAUCACAACAAAGAAGAGCAAGGUUCUUCAAGGGUCGAUCAUGGAAUGAGUAGGUCGAAGGAUCUCCGUCAUGGAGACGAAGAGAUGCAGACAUAUAAUUAAGUCUGUAAGACAUUGGAAACAGACCGAGAAAAAACCUGUUUAGAUGACGACUGAUAGGAUCCGUGCUAUCGAUGGACAUGCUUCCUUUUCGCCUUUCCAUUUUCUGCAGGUGUUUCUUUCGUUUGGAAUUGAAGGGUGCAUUUGUUUUAUGAAUAAACUUUAACUUAAUUCAACUUAA